AUGAAACCCAGUACUGUUAUUGUGGACAUGCCUCUCGAGAUCCUCCCAUUCCGUGUGGUACUCCUCCACCGUACUGUGAUCGGCCCUGUUCGAAGCCUCGGCCUUGUGGUCAUCCCUGUCCCUCGAAUAUUGGUCGACAAGGAGUGUGGUGGUGGUCAUGGCGCUAUGAGAAGGGUACCUUGCCAUGUUACUAACGUUAGUUGUGGGGCUCCCUGUGGGAAGAUGCUCCCUUGUGGUCGUCACUGGUGCCAAAGGGUCUGCCAUGGUGCUCCCUGUUUGCCUGAGGGGAAGGUGUGUGAACAGAAGUGUCUGAAGCCGAGACCAUCUUGUGGACAUCCUUGCAAUGAGAAGUGCCACGAUGGACCGUGUCCGAAUACUAAAUGCAAGGCAACGGUGACGGUCUCGUGUCCCUGUGGUCGGCGUAGGGAACUACGACCGUGUGGCCUUCUACCGGGGGAUGUGAAUGCGGUCCCGGAGGAGCUUGAGUGCACUGAAGACUGCGAGAGGGAAAUGCGACAAGCGCAAUUACGGCUAGCAUUCGCAUUUGGUGACAACACUGGGUCGGAUGAGCACUACUCGGGCGACCUUGUGGCUGUGGCGGAGAGAAACGCUGAGUGGCUAGCCUCUAUGGAGAAGCAUUUGACUACAGCAGUGGUCCAGCGUCCGGUCUCCAUGUCUCUGCCAGAGAUUAAGGACCCGGAGCGAAGACAGUUGUUGUUGGAUUAUGCCCAACAGCACUACAGGCUGGAGUGUGUCGCUGACAGUGACGGGGUGGUCACAUUGAGGUGGCUCUCGGGUGCAAGGAGACCACAUCCAACACUGAGUGAAGUUAUUGCAAUGGAGCCUCCGUCGACUCGGUUGCCUUAUACGAUUGACUUCGACCCGCAGGAGUGUCCGAGAAUAGUGGUGGAGACGGGGACCGCCGCUGCGAGCUUACGAGGCGAGAUCUACCAGAGAUUGCGAAAUUGGCUGGGCCAGUUUAGAUGUCGGCGAGAUGGUCGUAACCUACUGGUUGAGUUUACUUCUGAGAAAGCAGCGCGAGAGGCGUUUAGGCACUUGAAAGCUAAGUUGGGCAGCGACGUGAUAAGCCCGUUGAAGCACGCGUACCUUGAGAACGCAUCUCUAUGGUGGUCGAGGGUCGUUGCUAGUGUGAAGCGAUUCAAUCGAUCUCGUAUGGACUAUAUGCGUCUAGCAUGGCCUGUUGAAUGGACCAUCUUCAAGAAGGGUGCAUGGUGGGGUAUUGUGUUCUUCAUUAUAACACUUCUGAUUCACAACUGGGUUCAUAACUGUGUUUAUAUGCUUGCUGGGCAGUACGGUGUAUACGGUCCGUAUGGCCGUCCUGGCAACCCCGUUGUGGACAUUCUAUUCGAGCUCUUCGGCCCUGAGCCAGCGGAGUGGAGUCCGGCUCCUGGCGAUAUCAUCCUGUAUGUUACAGUUCUCAUGGGUGUGUUCUAUGCCCUACGCCCUUUACUCUUCCCCUUCCCAUUCCGUACGAUGAACAUUCUAUGGCGUUGGACGGUGGUGGCGAGUUUGGCAACUUAUGCGAGGCUGGCAUCCUUCAUAUUCACGAUCUUGCCUGGUCCAGCUGAGCAUUGCUCCGAAGCAAACUUCAACCCGCCGACAACGGCUGGCGAGAUCUUCGCACGUAUAUUCGUUUCUGGAGGCUGCAGUGACCUCAUCUUCUCGGGCCAUAUGCUCUACGUUAUCACUGUUACAUGCGCCUUGUUCCGCUAUGCUGAGCACUGGUCCAUUAAAUACUUUGCAUUGGUACUCAACAUACUCCAAGGCAUUCUCAUCAUCGCCUCACGUCGACACAACACUGUGGACGUGGUUGUUGCUGCGUAUUCAGUGCCCUGCAUCUGGUGUACUUUUGCUUAUUUCGUUCCUAAUGAUUUCGAGGUAGAAGUUCCUCCAGAGAUCACCGGUCAGUCUCGAAAGGCAUCUCCCAGGGCGGAGACAGAGGCCGGUUGCUCUAACGCUACACCAGAUUCCCCACCCAUCCGAGCUAGUGGUUCGACUGCUGUAUCCGAUAUAGAGCUCGGCUGUGGUGUUCCUAAUGUUCCUCUAACAAACUACGCAUCAUGA